GUUUGGACAAGAUGAAGAUGAAGACGUUCUAUUUUCUUCUGCUGUCAAUCAUCUUUGGUGGCUCCACUGAAGAUUUCUGUCCACCAUUCAUUCAUCUGGACUCUGAUUUGCUACUGAAUGGCUCCGAAGUGGUGUUGACCGCCGGUUCCGCAUUCAGCCUCAGUUGUCACGGCAACGCUUCGGUCCGCUGGUCCACCAAUGCACUUCGUUUGCUGCCUGAACAACGUGGUGUGCUGGAGGUCAGGCGCUCUGAGCCCAAACACACCGGAACGUAUCUCUGUUCCUACGCCAACCGGAGUCUGGAUCACCUGCACACCCACAUCCACCUGUACGUCAAAGACCCGUCCGACCCGUCCAGUGUCUUUGUCACGCCUCGCGUGACCCCCAGUGUCAAAGAGGGUGACGACUUCCUGUUCAAGUGUCUGCUGACGGACCCGUCGGUCACAAACCUCACCCUCCAAUCAGACGACCAGGAUGGGGGGCGGGCCCAACAUCUGCCCAGGGGCAUGAGUGUGACCUUUGACCCCCACAAAGGAGCCCUCAUCCAUAAGCUCCAUAGGAACUUCAACGGACGCUAUGUCUGCUCGGGCUGGAAACUUGGCACACACUUCCGAUCCAAAGCCGUUAAUCUGCUGGUGGCACCAAGACAACAUCGUCCCCCUCAUGCGUCUGUCAAUCAGAGGGAUUUUUUUCAUCUGGAAGGAGAAACAUUUGAGGUCACAUGUGUGACCAGUAACCCCUCCCACAUCUACACUGUCACCUGGACACACCCCCAUGUGCAGGCUCCGAACAUUACAGUGACUCGUCUCUACAGCAACCAGCUGCAUAUGAACAGCACGCUGAGCGUCGUCGGCGUGACUCGGAGGCACAGUGGACGUUAUGCGUGUACAGCUCGCAACGAGGCCGGAGACACGACGGUAGCAGCGAGGCUGAGCGUCUUAGAUGCUCCCUUCCUGAAGGUGUUCCUGCAGCAGCGUGCUAAAGCUCAAAGUGAUGCUAACAUGAGCAACAGUGCUAAUUCUACAAUGAAAGAUGACUGGGAACUGCUCGCUAAUGUUAGCACUGAUGUAGCGUACCCUAACGUCGUGAGCCGCAGUAGCACGGUGGACGUGCAUGAGGGCGGCGACGUCAUGUUGACCGUCGCUGUGGAAGCAUAUCCACCAAUCAGGAACCUCGACUGGGUGACACCAACACGAGUGCAGAAGAAGAUGCAGAGCUUUAACAUCUACAGGUCACAAACGAGCCUGCUGUUGAAUCGUGUUCAUCGUGACGCGAAGGGUCGUUACACGCUCCACUUCGCUAACUCUUUCUUCAAUGGCUCCCUGAACUUUGACCUGAGAAUUCUCCGCGCUCCGAGCAGCCUCAUCACGGUGGACAACAACACUCUGACCUGCAGCAGCUCAGGCUUCCCUCCUCCCACAAUCCUUUGGGUCACCUGCAGCGGCCUCGUCCACACGUGCAUCAACAUCUCCACCAAUCAGGUUGAUGAUGUCACAACACAGGAAAGGGAGGAGUUCACAAAACACCUCCCCCUCCCUCAGUCACCGUCUGAUGAUGUCACCAUCGAGUGUGUCUCUUUUAACAGCGUGGGACGCUCGCGUGACACCUUCUUUCUUCCUUCUGCAGGAAGUCCGAGCAUCCUCACGCAGCCUUUUCUCGUUGCGUCCGGUGUCGCCAUCGUGGCGCUCUUGUUGCUCUUGCUGCUUGUCCUUUGUAGGAUGAAAAUGAAACCAAAAUACGAAAUUCGCUGGAAGAUCAUCGAGAGCUGCGACGGGAACAACUACACGUUCAUCGACCCCAACCAGCUUCCUUACAAUGUCAAGUGGGAGUUUCCACGGGACAAGCUCCGCCUCGGUGCUGUUUUGGGAUCAGGUGCCUUCGGAAAGGUCGUGGAGGCCACGGCGUAUGGGCUCGGGACAGAUGAUGUUACCCGGGUGGCCGUCAAGAUGCUCAAACCGAGCGCUCACUUGGAGGAGCGGGAAGCUCUCAUGUGUGAGCUGAAGAUUCUCAGCCAUCUUGGUUUCCAUGACAACAUCGUCAACCUGCUGGGCGCAUGCACUCAAGGAGGCCCCAUGCUGAUGAUCACCGAGUACUGUAGUCACGGCGACCUGCUCAACUUCCUGCGUGUGCACACUCGCGAUUUCAGGGCAGCCAUCUUGAAUGGCGACACAAAAUACUCAAAUGUGACGAGUCAGGACGUCAGGCUCAGGAGUGACAGUGGGAUCUCGUGUUGUUCUGAAUAUCAGGAAAUGCAAUCAGUGCUUUCACACUCAGGUGGGCAUGUGGAGCGUUUGUGUGUCAGUGACCUCAUGAGGUUUUCAUACCAGGUGGCUCAGGGUUUGGACUUCCUGUCAACACGAAAUUGUAUCCACAGAGACGUUGCAGCAAGGAAUGUUUUGCUAACUGACCGCCAUGUUGCAAAAAUCUGCGACUUUGGUUUGGCACGAGACAUUCGCAAUGACGACAGCUACAUUGUCCAGGGAAACGCACGUCUCCCAGUCAAGUGGAUGUCUCCAGAGAGCAUCUUCCAGUGCAUUUACACGGUCCAGAGUGACGUCUGGUCCUAUGGAGUCCUACUUUGGGAAAUCUUCUCCCUAGGUAAGAGUCCAUAUCCUAAUGUUGCCGUGGAUACCAACUUCUAUAAGAUGAUCAAAGACGGAUGCCACAUGGACCAGCCCGACUUUGCUCCAGCACAAAUGUGA